AUGAAGAAAGACAACCACUCCUGUUUGACCGAUAUUGUUCUGUUGGGCUUCUCAGAUUUCCAGACAAUACAAGAACUUUUAUUUUGCCUGGUUCUAACAUUUUACUUCAUAGCCUUGAUGGGCAACAGCCUGGUUUUGAUCCUCACUAUUACCAGUUCUACGCUUCACACCCCAAUGUACUUCUUCCUCUGGAACUUGUCCUUUGUGGAAAUCGGCUACACCUCCUCCAUCAGCCCAAAGAUGCUAGUGAAUAUAUUAUCAGACAACCAAAACAUAUCAUUUUGGGGCUGUGGAAUUCAAUUGUGCUUCUUCCUUCUCUUUGGUACCACUGAGUGUUGUCUUCUUUGUGUCAUGGCAUAUGACCGCUACGUUGCCAUUUGCAAACCCUUGCAAUACCCAUAUAUCAUGAACCUCAGGGAAUGCACUAAACUUGCUGCUGUUUCAUGGACGAUUGGUGUUUCUGUGGGUCUGGGGCAAUCUAUUUCAAUCUUCACCCUUCCCUUCUGUGGGUCAAAUAGAAUCAGCCAUUUCUUUUGUGACCUCAUGCCUGUUCUGAGACUGGCUUCCACUAAUACUUACAAAAAUGAGUUGGCCAUUGUCACAGUAACAGUUCUAGUUAUUCUGGCACCUCUUUUGCUCAUCCUUUUUUCCUACAUUCUCAUCAUUUCCACAAUUUUCACAAUGCCACUGGCCAAGAACAGGCGCAAAGCAUUUUCCACCUGUUCCUCACAUCUCACUGUGGUCUGCAUUUUCUUUGGGACUGGCAUUUUUACCUACAUUCGUCCCAACUCAGAAUAUUCCAUGGACAGUAACAGAUUCCUUGCCCUGCUCUACACAGUAGUGACCCCAAGUUUAAAUCCCAUCAUUUACAGCUUGAGGAAUAAAGAGAUAAAAACUGCUCUCAAAAAUUGUGCCAGUGCUUUUUUUUCCUGGGAAGAUGUAUUUGGCUUAAUAGCUUCUAAAUUGAGGUGUAGAAACAGGGGAACAUAA